UAUCAUAGAAAUUCUAGACCAGACGUGAAGAUUUUGAGCCUCAGCAUCCUCUCACCCGGUAGACCUGGUCUGGUUCUUCCAGUUCCCGAGGCUGGUAACCCAAAGGGCUUAUGGUUUACUUUGAAAGAAGGUAUCCCCUACAAUCUUAGAUUCUCUAUUCAGGUCAGCAAUAACAUUGUUUGUGGCCUCAAGUACACCAACACUGUGUGGAAAACUGGUAUCAAGGCUCAAAGCAUAUGCUCGGAACAUUUAGUCCUCAGUCAGAGCCUUACAUACAUGAGAUGCCAGAAGAGACUGCUCCAUCUGGUCUUUUUGCAAGAGGGUCAUAUUCAGCAAGAUCAAAGGUUGUAGAAGGUCAAGUCUCAAGGUUGAGGAUCCGCAGCUGGAGGACUUAUCCAUUCCUUCUAUUUACUUAAAAGUAGGAUAUUAGUUUUGUUUCAAUUGAUAUUAGUACUUAUUUGGUUGAAAUUCUAAAUAGUAACUUUUGGUUAAGGGGUCCUUGAGUUACGGGAUUCCCGAGUUGUAACCAUUUGGAAGUUAUUAAUGGAUUUACUAUUAAUUGGAUUUC